AUGUACUGGGAUCGUGGUAAUUCUCCUGAUGGCGAUGAACUUCGAGAACAACUUCGUGAAGCUAUUGAAAGAAAAAAUGAAAGUAGAGCUGCAGCUAAUAAGGAUGGUACAAGAUUUUCAAUAGGGGGUACACUAGAAUUAUUACGCAAUAAUUGUUUUUUUAAUGACAGUAAAUUUAAAAAACCUUCAAUAAUUAACAAAAAUGGACAGAUUAAUAUAAAUGAAUUUCAAAGUUUUGUAUCAAAUAUUAAUGGAAAACAACAAUCAUUUUCAAUUCCAUCUUUUAAUCCUCAUUUACCUCCUCCUAAUAUGAUUAAUUUUUCAUGUAGUUCUAAUUUAUUUAUUCAACCUGCUUCAGCAGACGAAAUUGCAGGUGCUGUUAUUCACCCUACUGAUCCAGUGGUAAUUAGAAAGAAAUUUAGAGAUGGAAUGAGUAGGUGUAAAGUUUGUAAAAACAGGUUUCUUGAGAAACAACAAUAUGAAAGGCAUUUAAGGGAUAGACAUCCAAUUGAACAUUUAAAAUAUUUAAUACAACAAGAGGAUGAAAUGGAAGAGCAAAGAAAAUUUGAAAUGGAACAAAAUAGGUUAGAAGAAAUUGCAACAGGCGGUUUUAUUCCACCAGAAUCAGAAUAUAAAGAAAUUUGUGAAUCAAUUAUUCUUGAGAAUAUUCCUUUACCAGGAGAAGAAGAUAAGGGUUUUGGACCACAUAUAAAUAAAAAAGGUCGACUUGUAAUGGGAAAGAGGACUUUUGUUAAAAAGAAAAUAAGUCCACAAUGUCCAUUUUGUGAUAAAAGAUUUAGAAAUGAACAUUCGUUAAAGAAACAUAUUGAAAAAAAACAUGAAGAGAGUAGAGAAUUUUGGAGUUGUUUGCGAUGUUUUAAACCACUUAACAAUACAAGAGAAAAAUAUUCCCAUAAAUGUGAAUUUACACAUGUUUGUUUUGAGUGCCAACCAAUCCGUAAUUUGUGUACUGAAGGGCGUUUAUUAGCUCAUCGUUCAAAAUUUCAUCGAGGAGCAAAUUCAGGUUUUAGAUGUAAUAUUUGUAAUGCAAAAUUUUUAACACCUCGAAAAUUAAGAAAACAUAAAAAAAUGGCACAUGUUUUUACUAAAAUUUUUCCAUGUCAUUUUUGUGAUGAGCAAUUUAUAAGUGAACCUGCCGUCAUUGCACAUGAACGUAUUCAUACAGGAAUAAUUAAAUUUGAAUGUAAAAUUUGUGAUUAUAAAUGUAAUAGAUAUAUUUAUAUGGAGGAACAUAAGAAAGAAGAACACGGGUACAUUUGUUCAAUUUGCCAAAAUAAAUUUAGUGAAUGGACAGAUAUUAAAAAUCAUACAUUACUUGAACAUGGUGGAUAUUUAACCAGUGAAACAAAUACAGGCUAUAUUGAAUGUCCCAGAGUUUGGGUUUUGUACAAAGGAGAAUAG